CGUUCCAGAGCAGUUGACGCCUCCAUCCGGGGAUGUGACACGCAUUCGUUCUCCAUCAUGGCGGCGUCAGCUAAGAAGAAGAAUAAGAAGGGGAAGACCCUGACUCUGACUGAUUUCCUGGCAGAGGACAGCGGGGGAAACCUGCCCCCCAGUUACCCCUCUAACAAGCCCACCAGCUGGGCAGAUGAAACGGAUGACCUAGAGGGUGAUGUGUCCACCUCCUGGCACACGGAGGAUGACGUCUACCGUGCUCCCCCUAUUGAUCGCUCCAUCCUGCCCACGGCCCCACGGGCAGCUCGCGAGCCCAACAUUGACCGCUCUCGUCUGCCCCGGAGCCCGCCCUACACGGCUUUCCUGGGAAACCUGCCCUAUGAUGUCACUGAAGACUCCAUUAAGGACUUUUUCCGCGGUCUCAGUAUCAGUGCUGUGCGUCUCCCAAGAGAGCCAAGUAACCCUGAGCGUCUAAAGGGCUUUGGUUACGCCGAGUUUGAUGAUGUGGAGUCUCUGCUGCGUGCUCUCAGUCUGAAUGAGGAGAAUCUGGGAAACCGGAGAGUCCGUGUGGACAUUGCUGACCAGUCCAAUGAGAAAGAGAGGGAUGACCGCUCUAUGGGUGGACGAGACCGGAAUCGUGGAAGUGAGGGUGGACCAGACAAAACCGACUCCGAUUGGCGAGCGAGGCCAAGUGGAGAGUCUGAUGAUGGACCUCGCAGAGAUGACUCCUACGGAGAGAGAUCAAGAGACCGCUAUGAGUCAGACCGAUAUCGAGAUGGGCCUCGUCGUGACAAUGAUCGUUACGAUGGUGGCAGAGAUCGAUACCGUGAUCGCUAUGACGAUCGGGACCGCAGAGAUUAUGAUAGAGGUUAUGACUCUCGCGGCGGAGGACGUCGGCCGUUUGGCAGUGGCUUCCGGCGUGACUAUGACGACAGACGGGAUGACUACAGAGGAAGUGGAGAUCGCUAUGGGGAUCGCUAUGGGGAUCGCUAUGGAGACCGUGAAGAAAGAUUUGAAAGGCGGGAUGAGAAACGCGAGGAGAGAGGCCCUCCCCAAAGACCCAAGCUGAACCUGAAGCCACGCAGCAUUCCUAAAGAGGAGGACCAGAGCAGCACCUCCUCCGCCCAGUCUGGCCGUGCUGCCUCCAUAUUUGGUGGAGCCAAACCGGUGGACACGGCUGCUAAAGAGAGAGAGGUGGAGGAACGGUUGAAGAAAGAACAGGAAAAACUGCAGAGACAGCUGGAGGAGGACAAGGGUAGAGGACCUGAGCGCAAACCUAGAGAGAGGCAUCCCAGCUGGAGAAGCGAGGACCAACCAGCAGAUCGCUCUCGGACAGGAAGUGAAUCAUCACAACAGGGCGGCGUGUCAGGCAGAGGUUCCCGACGCCGGGAGAGUGAACGCUCGGUGGAAAACGAGGUCUUUAGUGGCCGUGAAGAGGAGCCAGCUUCACCAGUUGGCCACACCCCCUCUAAGCAAGAGGCCCUGCCCCUAAAGGUGGUCCCAGCCCCACCACCUAAGGAGAACGCAUGGGCGAAGAGGAGUGCACAGAAUACAGCAGCCAAUGAAAACGAGGCUCGGUCUGCUGUCUCCCCUAGCAGCACCACACCCCCAAAACUCAGCAGCUCAGCAGAUGAGAAGCUGACCCAGAGAGGGAAAGAUGAGAACAAGGCUGAUGGUGUACGUCGGGACCGGGGCCCCCCACGGGGGCGUGGUGGGGCCUCGGGCCCCGGGACAGGCAGAGGCCGUGGAGAUGCUGCCAGCCGUGACCGGCGGAAGGAGGCAGACAGAAAGGACGGCAGAAGAGAGAGAGAUCUCAGACCAGCACCAGAGCCAAAGAAAUAUGAGGAACCUCCCAGUCCUAAAUUCAGCUCUGCCAGUAAGUAUGCAGCCUUGCUGAUGGAUGGGGACCUAGCGGAUGAUGCAGAAGAGAGUGUAGAAUGAGAGACGGAUGGAUUGAGGCGAUGGUCAAGCCAAUCAAAUCUUCAGCUUCUUUGAAACCGCACUGAGGGACCCCCUGCUUGGCACCCUUCAGUGAAACCCACCCUUCCCCCCCCAGAACCAAUUGUUUUUUUUUUCUGGACUGAGAGGAAUUCUAGCAAAAUACUGGACUUGUUUUAAAAUAAAAGUGGGGAUUAUGGAAAGUUGAAUAAAUUGAUUAUAACUAAUAAAUGAGUGGGGUAU